UGCUCUCAGCCUGUGGUUCGUUCCCCACCUCGGAGCUGUGUCGUCCCCUCAGUUUGGUGUUGACCUUGUUCGUGGAGGCUGCUCGCCGCGUUCUCCGGAUGUUAUGAAAAAGUGAGAAGAAAGUUGAGGUGAUCUUUCAUGCCUUGGUGCAGUAUAUUAUGAACCUUAGAACUUGGUGACGAGUCUUGGCAGAUUGGUGACCUCUCUCUCUCACUCAUUCCUCAUCACCAUUAUCGUCCAGCCAAGGUUAGAAAAAAAUUACUCGGAUCAUUUAAUACUGUCAAGUUACACGAGGGACGAGACCCCUCCCCUCACCCCAGUGCCCCUCUUGGACAAACUAACCGUGGAAACUUGAGAGGGAAUAGUGAUGAGCACCUUUGAGAGGAUUUGAGUGCGUCAUGCCCCGCUGGGACUCGUUGGAACCCAAGCUGGCGUGCGUGUGAGAGACUUUUGGGUUCGGCUGGUGGCUUGGGAAUUUGAUCUGAAUCUUCCCUGAUAACGUAACACUUACAAGUUGCCGUCGUCUUCAUUACGUCACCGGUGCUGCUCGAGUCGUCAUGACGGUGGACAGGUAAACGUCACUUACAGUAAUAUGAGUUACGUGAAUGUUGCAAGCUGAGAUCCUUACUGGAGGUGGACCAGGAUUUACGGUCGAGGACUUGAGUGACAGUAAUACCGCUGUGCUAAGGUGGAGAGCCAUAAAGUGAAGCUGAUCCUGGGGGCGGCCGCCGACACACGGCUCUACCCUCUACUUAGACCACUCUCUCUCUCUCCUCAAUGGGACGGAGAGAGAACCUGUAGCAGCAACCACUCGCUCUCAUUUUAUUAAGAAGAAAAUUGUAACUUCCUUUAGCAACGGUUAACCCAGGUUAAGUAUUUAUUGCACGUGUAGGACAACGUGAGUUAACACGGCUCACUGUGGGUGAAGAAGACCUGGUCAUCUCCAGAGACUGACUGACGAGGUAAAGUGUGAAUAAUCCACCAUUCACAGCAGCUGGACAAGAGCCACCAUUCACACACACACACACACACACACACACACACACACACACACCUAUUGUUGACCUGCGGGCUCUUCAGCAAUUUAAAGCCAGCCGGGUCUUUUAAGACCUUGAACGUUGGUGAGCUAGGCAUGGCAGCUGCUGAAGAGACAGAGCGGAAUAAUAACAUUACAUUAAGUGAGAGAGUGGAGUGAGGGGAACACAAUAGCUAGCAGUCUCCCCUUGUGCGCUGCUCCUAGCAACCCCCUCCCCUUCCCUACACCUCCCUCAGUGAGGGGACAGACUCCAGCAAUCCUCCCAUGCCAGGCGGGUGUUUCAAGCCUGCUGGGAUUGGCUGGUAUUGCGCGUGGGAAGUGAAUACUGAUGUCUGCUGUUGAGGUUCCGGAUUGAAUGCUGGAGUCAUCUGCUGAUGUCAGGCCCCGGCACGUAUGACGGACGUCUAUUGAGGUGCUGUUGUGGCCUUCACUCCUCUGAAUACCGAGCAUGAAGGCACGCAAGCCUUUGUGGAUCAUUAACCUUUAAGAACUCAGUUAAAUAAUAUCACCAUUGGAAGAAGGGAUCCAAGUGAAGUCAUUGUGGUGUAAUAAGACGAGGGAAACGCCGCACCUGUAGUAACAUAAAAAAGGAAAGUCCUGACCGUAACAGCCUCCAGUCAUGCGAUCCUCGUAGAAGAUCCCAUAAUAUUCAUUAGCCCGUCUGCCUCGCCCCUGGUGUGUGAGAGCCGACCGCCCCGCGGCGUGUGCUCUGCCAUGGCCGCCGGCAGGGGGCGUCUGCGGCCCCUAGAGAACAUUCUACCCUAUCUAGAGGAGCUCGGCUUUCCUCUGAUCAAGUAGGAAGGUCCCCAGACGAUUUGUUUUGUUUGGAACAGUGAUAGAGAGAGCAGGCAAGAUGGCGCCCAUGUUCUGCACUAAACUGUUCAAUUGGAACAAGCCGGGCAAGGGCAAGAAGGACUCGGGGUCAAGGCCGCCCUUAGAUACGGUGUUCCCUGAGCCACAAGACGAGGGCGAGGCGUGCCCUUACUGGACCCACGUGCAGUGUAACCCCCCGCCCCAGAAUGCCACAUCGCGCCCACACACGCCCACCCACGUCCCUCUGCUGCCCGCCCACCACCCCGGCAGCCCAGUCCACCACCAGCCCGGUCCCCGCAGCCCAUCCUCACACCGCCGGGCCGCCCACGUCCGUAGCCACCAGGUGAAGUGUGGCCACGAAGUCCCGUACUACAACACCACUUACAACAGCCCUUACCACAGCCCUCACCACAGCCCGGGACCCAACAGCCCCGUCGGCCACAGCCCCGUGCACUUCACUCCGAUACACCACCCCUCAGCUCACUGUAGCCCCGUGCACCAUAGCCCAGGGUUUAACAGCCCUGUGCACCAUGCUUCGGGCUACAAUAGUCCUGUGCACCACGCCUCAGGCUACAACAGCCCCGUGCACCACGCUUCGGGUUACAACAGCCCUGUGCACCACGCCUCGGGGUACAACAGCCCUGUACACCAUGCAUCAGGGUACAACAGCCCGGUACAGCCGGCCCCGGGGUACAGUACCAACUCACUGCACCACCGAGGUUAUGUACUGGAGAGUAACUACUGCCAGCCCCUGCCUCCUCCACCACCCCAGCGACCUCCACCGCCUCUACCCGGACAGGAAGGUAAUGAAUGUUUCUCUCAAGUUUACCCUCUACUCUUUUUCUCGAUUUAUCUUAGUUUAUUCUCUACUCUCUUCUCCAUUUUCUAAU